AUGAAGGUGGAGGGCUUACAGGAGGACGGGGAGUCUGGUUCUGUGUCCUCAGCAGACCGGACCGCCGCUGUUCGCAGCAGCCCCAGCUCAGCUGAGCGCUGCAUGUCGCGGCUGCUGAGUGCGGUGGAGAGCGAGCUGCAGGCCGGCCGGGAGAAGGGCGACCCGACGGAGAGGGAGCUGCGGGUGACGCUGGAGGACGCCGAACUGUGGAGGAAGUUCCAGCACAUCACCAACGAGAUGAUUGUCACCAAGAACGGACGGCGGAUGUUCCCGGUCCUGAAGGUGAGCGUGUCGGGUCUGGACCCCAGCUCCAUGUACUCCUUCCUGCUGGACUUCGUCCCGGCCGACGGCUGCCGCUGGAAGUUUGUGAAUGGCGAGUGGGUGGCGGCCGGCCGGGCGGAAGGCCGCGGCGAGGGGCGGGGCCACGGCGGCAUCUACAUCCACCCUGACUCGCCCAACUUCGGAGCUCACUGGAUGAAGGCGGCGGUGACCUUCAACAAGGUCAAACUCACCAACAAGGUCAACGGAGGAGGACAGAUCAUGUUGAACUCUCUCCAUAAGUACGAGCCGCAGCUUCACAUCGUGUGCGUCGGCUCUCGUCAUCGUCUGGUUUCCAACGUUUCCUUCAAAGAAACUCAGUUCAUCGCCGUCACCGCGUACCAGAACGAGGAGAUCACGGCUCUGAAGAUCAAAUACAACCCGUUCGCUAAAGCCUUCCUGGACGCCAAAGAGAGGAUCCCAGGCGGGCGGGGAUUAACAGAGUCGUCGGAGAGCCGCGUCGGGAUUCAACCCUGUGGGUCGUGUCUGGAUGGCUGGUCCCUGUGCUCAGCUGGAGGAGGCGGGGCUUUCUCUUACAGCGGAAGCCUCCCGCUGACAUCACAUCAUCACCACGGUUACAAACACCACGGUUACCCGGGACGACACACACCUUACCCCACCACCUACCUGCCGCACCGCUCACACCCAUCAGUUUGUCUGUCUGAAGGUGUUCAGGUGUUACCAGACGGAUGGAGCAGCUCCUCCCCUCGUCAUGUCUCCUCUUCCUCAUCUUCCUCCUCCACUUCCCUUCCCCUGACGAGCAGUGCUCCUUCCUCACAGCCUCCUCCUCCUCACAGCUCCAGUCAGUAUCCCUGUUUAUGGACGGUUGGCUGCAGUGAGUUAAGCCCCUCCCACUCACCGUGUGCCACUCUCCACGGACCAAUCAGCAGCGAGAGCCUCAUGCAGCCCCCCAGUCACGGUCGAGUAGGCGGCGCUGGAUGGCCACCUGGCCCCACCCAUUCCUUCUGAGGAGGGAUGUGAUUGGUGGCCGCUGGCUUCUGUCAUCACUGCAACUGACUAUUGGUGACUAAUUAUGGAUACUGGUCACUACUGGUGACUACUAGUAACAAUCAGUGGAUAUUUGUACAUACUGGUAACAUUUGAGGUGUGACUUUUGGUUCCUUUUUUAUCUACUGGUGGCUACUAGUGACUAUUAGUAACUAUUUAUACAUAAUGGUAACUACUGGUGGCCACUACUACAUUUUUUGAAGCUACCAGUGACUGUUGGUGACUAUUUGUACAUUCUGGUAAUUACUACUAAUUAGUAUCUGUGGUUAAUUGUACAUUCUGUGACUACUUGUACAGUGAGUACUGGUGACUACUAUGAACCACUGGUGGUUACUAGCUAAGACAAGCCGUGUCUAUUUGUGUGGCAUCUCUCAACAACAAGGAAGUGAUUUACAUAAUACAUAAAAAGAAUUAAGACAAGUAGUACUUUUUGUUUGGGGCUACUAAUAACUACUACUAUUUGGCUGUCUGUACCAUGGCUACUGGUAGAUACAUACUGGUAACCACUGAUGGCUAAGAGUUUGUACUAGUGGCUGCUCAUGAUUUUUGGUGGCUAAUUGUACAUACUGGUAACCACUGGUGACUACUUAUAAGUACUGAUGGUUAUUUUUACUUACUGCUGACUACUAGUGGAUACUAAUAUCUACUGGUGGCUACUAUUGACAGUAUACUGUAAGUACUGGUGGUUAUUUUUACAUUCACUAGUGGUGUUUGUAAGCUACUAGCAACAAGACGUAACUAACAAUAAUGGGUUUUAUCUACUUACAGCUAACUACCAAUGGCUACUCAUACCUGCAGGUGGCUACUGACAGCUGGUAGCCACUGGUGGUUACUGAUUAUUAGAGGUUUUUUAUUGACUGCUGGAGCUACUGGUCAGCAGUGGUUUUAGCCAGCAGUGGCUGCUGGUAACAGCUGGUGGUUAGUUGUCACUUCUGGUGACUAUUGGUUAUCGCUGGAAACUACCAAUAGCUGCUGGUAACUCUUAGAUUACUAGUAGCUAGUUAAGUGUAUGUAAAUGUAUAUCACUUUUUAUUUCAACAAUUAAUAAUUACAGAAAAUUAGCAUGUCAACAACUAUCAAAUUUAAAAGAUUCCAGUCCUGUUUUUUCUUCCUUUUGUUCAUUAUAAAAUGAUAAAAUAUUAUAAAAUAUCUUUAUUUUUCUUUUUAUUCAGAACAGUGCAGCUCCACAGCCAGUGGACCAAAAAACACUCAGACUUAAAACUGAUGUCAGUGGUGUUGUGGCGCCACCUGGUGGUGGUAAAACCAUCUCUCCAUCCUGUUCAGAGAGGAAUUAUAUGCUGUCUUUAUUUAAACAUGUAUAUAUCUGUACAGUCCAUCAGCUGUGUUUUAAUGUAAAGAGAGUGAUAUUUGAUUGACAGGUCUAGUGGACAAUCACACUGACAAAGUAAAAAAAUGACAUAUUUCCUGUCCGAGUUUGUCUGUGAAGUUUCAGCUGCUGCAUGAUGCUUUCAGGUGUUGUUGCUGUUUCCGUACUCAUGAUAGUUUCUGAAAUGUGGAAAUCAAACAGAUCAAUAAAACUUUAAAAACACAAUGAAAAUAUA